GUAGCGCAAAUGGCGGCCCCCUUAAAGCGUUUUGUUUCAGGGGCAAGAUCUAAGUUUCGCUUUUUCGCUGCUGAACAUGCUGGUCAAAAUCAACCGCUUCGGCCAUCAGCCACACGUAAAACUUGUUCACUAUAUGCGUACAACAAGAAAAGCUUGUUGGGGACCGGCCCUCUGCUGCUUCCGCCAGCCCGGCUUGCGGUGCGAUCGUCAAGUGGAGCUUGCUGGAACUGCUCCGAGGCUCUUACGAGAACAGACCUUAUAUGCCGCCGGUGCGAGAGCCUGCAAGAAAUAUCUCACACGGUGAACUACUUCGAAGUGUUUGACGAAAAGGCGAAAUAUGACAUCGACGCCAGUAAGCUCCAGGGAAAGUUUCGAGAGUUGCAGCGCUUGUUUCACCCCGACAAGUUCGCUGCCAGAUCCAAGAAGGAGCAGGCUCUGUCGGACAACCUGUCAGCACUGGUUAACCAGGCAUACCAGACCCUAUCGAAGCCCGACAAAAGAGCCAAAUAUUUACUUAAACUUAGUGGGAAGGACCUGGACUCCGUUGUGCUCGACGCUGCAUUCCUGGGUCGCAUGAUGGAGCUGAACGAGGAAGUGGCGUCUGUAGAAGAGCAGCAUGACCAAAAGUCAGCGGAAGAAUAUCUGAAGAUUGUGCAGACUGAAGCGGAACAGGUGACUAAGCAGCUAAGUGCUGCAUUUGAAAAGGACAGCCUUGACCAAGCUAGCAUUGAAUUAGCAAAGUUAAAAUAUCUUAAAAAUGUAGAGGCAAAGCUGAAAGACGUCAUAGAGCAAUAAAAU